ACCUCUUCCGGUUGCUUCGGGUCAGUAGCCGUAUGUAGCAGGAAGAAGCCUGACCUCCAGGAAUGAGGACACCUGGCAUCCAAUUAAUUCCACUACACGAAGCUGAAGCACAGAUGUCCAAUCAAGUCAGGCUGAGGCUGCUGCCCAGCGCCAGGUGUCUGUUCGAUGAACCCGUCCAGGUGAAAGUGGCCGGUCUGAGAUCCAAGCAGGUGGUCACCAUGAGAGCCAGAUCCACAGACGAGAAAGGAGUGGUUUUCAGCUCCUCGGCCAGCUACAGGGCAGACGGCAGCGGGGAGAUCGACUUGAGCAGAGACGCCUCCCUCAGUGGGAACUACGUUGGGGUCGAACCCAUGGGUCUGCUGUGGUCCAUGAGGCCAAACGUCCUGCACAAGAGGUUUCACAAGACUAACUCCUUGAAUCCCCAUGUGGUGAACUUCUCAGUGCAUGAAGAGGAGGGAGGGAUGCUGGCUGAGGUGAAGAAUGAGAGGUUUCUGAUGGGAGACGGGGUCAGCCGAGUUCCUGUCAAACAAGGGAAUAUUCGUGGGGUGCUUUUUACUCCCCCAGGAGAAGGGCCGUUCCCCGCUGUGUUGGAUCUGUACACGUUUGGUGGCGGUCUGUCGGAGAAAAGAGCCGCUCUGCUGGCCAGCCGGGGAUUCUUGGUUCUGACGGUGGCGCUGUACGGUCACGACGACCUGCCCAAGAACAUUAAAGAAGUCCAUCUGGAUUAUUUUGAAGAAUCCAUCAAAUUUCUAAAGAACCAAGAUAAGGCGGGCAGUAAUGGAGUCGGCGUCAUUUCUCUUUCUAAAAGUGGAGAUCUCGCUCUGUCAAUCGCAUCGUACCUCCCAGGAGUCCAGGCUGUCAUCUGGAUCAACGGCUGCUCCGCUAACGUAGCCUUUCCCCUGUAUUAUAAGAAUAAACAGAUUCUCUCAGCAUUGAAGUUUGACAUGAACAAAGUGAUGUCCACUGAGUCUGGAGCCCUUAUAACCAAAUAUUCCAUGCAUGAUCCUCUGAAGGAGGAAAACAAGGCCUCCCUGGUGCCUAUCGAACGAGCAAGCGGACGAUUCCUGUUUGUAGCUUCAGAGGACGAUUUAAACUGGGACAGCAAGGCCUACAUGGACGAGAUAGUGGGCAGACUGAAGCGUCAUGGGAAGGAGAACUUUGAGAGUGUGAGCUACCCUGGAGCCGGGCAUUAUUUAGAGCCCCCGUUUGGACCAUACUGCCCUUCCAGCUUCCAUGGGGUCGCAGGUGUGCCAGUCCUGUGGGGAGGGGAGCCCAGGGCCCACGCUGCUGCUGAAGUCCAUCUAUGGAGGAAGAUUCAGGAGUUCUUCACAACUCACCUAAACUGUGACAAAACUCAAACUAAAUCCAACUUAUAGUGCUGCUGUCCUUUAAAACAAAAGCAAGCCAAGAUAACUAAAAAAAAAUCCAGUUUACAGUUUUUAAACAUGCAAUUAAAGCAAACCUUAACUCAAUCUAUAUAAACUCAGGUUUUUGAAAGCAGUUAAAAAACAUUAUUGUUAUACCAUUUAGAAAAUAGAAAAAUUUCAGCAACCAAAACAGAAAGAUUGUUCCAAUUUUAUGUCAGACGAAAAAUAGGUUUUAUGUCAUUUUGUACAGUUUGUGGUUUUUCUGGGAGUGAAACAGCAGCACUUUCAUAUUGAAAUAAAAAUUACAAUUCUGGCAGCUUUUUAACUGAAUGCUUGUUUUAACAUUAAUUGUAAUAAAAACAUUUUGAAACCUGA